GUCGCUGGUGAUGGGAGCACCUUCCCAGGAGGCGGCAGCUGCGGUGGAAAGUACAGGCGUGAGAGAGGAGGAAGAGGAGGUGAUGGCGACGGACCUGGGGAGGGGGAGACGCUCCGUCUGGCUGAGGCGCCACCCGGGCUAGGGUCACCCUUCCAGGACUUCUCGGAGCAGGCUAAAGAAAGACUGAACAUAACAGAAGAAACCUACACAGAUAACUUUGGAAGCACUGAAUGCAGCACAGUAACAAUGGAUCUCAAGUUCAACAACUCCAGAAAAUACAUUUCUAUCACUGUGCCCUCUAAAUCCCAGACAAUGUCACCACAUAUCAAGUCCAUUGAUGACAUUAUCGUACUUGGCAUAAAUCUUAGCAAAUUUAACAAACUUACUCAAUUUUUCAUAUGCGUUGCUGGAGUUUUUAUAUUUUACCUAAUUUAUGGAUACUUACAGGAAUUAAUAUUUUCAGUGGAGGGUUUUAAGUCCUAUGGCUGGUACCUUACCUUGGUACAAUUUGCUUUGUACUCCAUAUUUGGCCUAAUAGAACUUCAACUGAUUCAGGACAAAAGGAGAAGAAUACCAGGAAAAACCUACAUGAUAAUAGCUUUUCUAACUGUGGGCACUAUGGGGUUAUCAAACACGUCCUUGGGCUACCUGAAUUAUCCUACCCAAGUAAUCUUCAAGUGCUGCAAAUUGAUUCCUGUUAUGCUAGGAGGAGUUUUUAUUCAAGGAAAGCGUUAUAAUAUUGUAGAUGUGUCUGCUGCAGUAUGCAUGAGCCUUGGCCUUAUAUGGUUUACCCUAGCUGACAGUACCGUGGCACCAAAUUUCAACCUGACAGGUGUGAUGCUUAUUUCGCUGGCACUAUGUGCAGAUGCUGUCAUUGGAAAUGUUCAAGAGAAAGCUAUGAAACUGCACAAUGCUUCUAAUUCUGAAAUGGUUUUAUAUUCAUAUUCAAUCGGUUUUGUAUACAUUUUGUUGGGAUUGACAUGCACUAGUGGAUUAGGCCCUGCAGUAACAUUUUGUUCAAAGAAUCCAAUUCGGACGUAUGGUUAUGCUUUCCUUUUUUCACUCACUGGCUAUUUUGGAAUCUCUUUUGUACUGGCAUUGAUUAAGAUUUUUGGUGCACUUCUUGCUGUAACAGUGACAACAGGAAGAAAAGCAAUGACCAUAGUACUUUCAUUUAUAUUCUUUGCUAAACCAUUCACAUUUCAGUACGUAUGGUCUGGUUUGUUAGUUGUUCUUGGUAUAUUUCUCAAUGUGUACAGUAAAAAUAUGGAUAAAAUAAGACUACCAUCACUGUAUGAUCUGAUAAACAGAUCAGUGGAAGCAAGAAAGUCAAGGACGUUGGCACAAACUGUAUAGGGAAUGAUUCCUCCUGUUUAAAAUAGAAUUUUAAGGAAACAAUUAUAAAUUAAUUAACUUUACCAAAGGAUCUGGAGGCACUACUGUCCAUUUCUGGAUGGAUUACAUAUGAAGUGGUUUUGUGGUGUCAGCCUUUUCUUCUGAACACUCGUUAUACUGUUUGACUUGUGAAGCAAGCGCGAGAGCUGCCUCUAGCACCUUACAGUUAAAUGUCCUUAUGAAGGACUGCGAUUCCCCCGGUUUGGAUCACUGGAAAUGAACCAUGUUGCAAGACUAAUUGGAUAUCAUUAUGACAUAUCAAAGAAGUUGAUAUGUAAUAGCAGAUUGUUUUGUCUUCAUUCCAUUUUGGUGGUGUUAUUUAAAGUGAUUCUCUGUUAUAAGAGUAAACUGAUGAAUUAAAAUCUGGAGAGAAUACGAUUCAUUAUAUAAAACUACUCUGUGAUUUUU